UUGGAUAUUGUGGUUAUUUUUCAGAAUUUACCAAUAAUAAUAUUUUCUUCCAUUAAAUUACGUUAAAUUAUCAAUAUGUCUAAAACAGCACUCGAUGCUGCAAAAAAAUUUCUGUUACUAGGUCAGUGCGUCCCAACUGUAAAACAAAAUGCAGCAAAAAUUAGAGUGAAGAGGUUAGAACUAGAUGAAAAUCUUUUGAUGUACUUCAGAAAAGAUGAAUUUUACUACUGCCAUGAUCCAGACAAGAAGUGCAAGACUGGAGAUAUAGUUCUAAUACAAUCUUUGCCACACAAACUGACAAAACUCAUUACGCAUGAAGUCAAAGAAGUGGUAUAUCCCUUUGGAGACAUAACUGAUCCUAUUACGGGUAAAAAAGUUGCCAAAGAAAGAUACCGUGAGGAUAUUGAGAAACAAUCAGAGCUGUAUGGCAAACUUGAGUCUAGUUUUGAUUAUGAGAAGGCACCUCCAAGAGGCUGGCAGGACGGGAAAAAAGAUUUUACAUCAAAACCAACAUACACAAAGUUCCAUGUUUUCGAUGAGAAUGAUCCAUAUGCUAUUUAACUGUGUAGAUAUUAAAGAAUAUAUAGAUAAUUAAAUGUAGUUUUAGGAA